AUGGCUUCGACCCAGAUCUCCGGAUCGACACUUUCGCUCCAGGGAGCCCCGAACAAGACAGACCGCGAACGAAACAAUUCAAACUCUCUAAGGACGGGUAUCUUGGUUAGGUUGAACGAUCAGGUCAUACGUGACUUGCAACAAUGUGCCCAUGGGGGCAAGGCGGUGCAAUUGCUGGGCGGAAAGACACCGAAAAUUCGAUACGGUGCAAAGCUAUUGGAGUUGAAUGUAAGGCCCGAGACAUUUCGUCACGAAAUCUACUCGACAAACGACAACAACAAUCACCUUGAUUUUACCGCUUUUGUGUCGCACCAUGCAGAGCUCAGAGUACCCGUCGAGAAGAAGGCGCAAGAAGACAGUGCCGGUGCUGAGGCCGCCCUGGAGACAUUGAAGCAGUCGCUGGCGUCUAUGGCCAAGCAGAAGGAGGAACGAAAGACGACAAUAAGUAGCUCAGUAACAGCUGGUGGUAAAAACUCCAGAUACCUUCAACCCUCUUCUCGACCAACUUCCCUCGCUCAGCGCUCCGCCUCCUCGUCAUCUACUCCUCGUCCUACCGCACCUACCUCUGCUCCGUCCGAUCCCCACGCUCAAGCAAGAGAGAAGGGCAUGCGAUUUGCUCUUAUUCACUUGCUUGCCGUCAGACCCUUGUCCGAACAAGACAUUCACCAGAAAACUCACAUCCCUAAAGCCCAAUUAUCGUCACUCCUCCCCAGGAUUGCCGACAAGCAAGGACUCACCUGGGAACUUUCAAACAAGCCGUACAAAGAGCUUGAUCCUUGGUCGUUCAAAUACACUUCGGAUCAACGGACUUUGGCAAUAGAUAACGCAAUUAGAGCUUUUGACAGAGCUAGAAUACCAAAGGACGACAAGGUCUGGCAGAUUCUGUUACCCAAAGAAGAACGCAACAAAGGCAAGAUCCUCUCGCGUCUUCACCUGACUGCCGAAAGAGCCGACUUAGCUGGAACACCUGGACUUGCCUCUACUCCUAUUCACACAAGUGCAGCUGCCACCCCAAAGCUAGGAAGUAUUGGUACACCUCGUAGCGGAAGCGGAGCUACUGCGACUGGAAGAUCCGCUGCUGGUAUCUCUAUUGAAAAGCGAUUAAAGGAGGCGAAAAAGAAAGGUGCCAUGGAGAAGAAGAAGCAAGAGAAAGAGGCAAAGGAGGCCGCUGCUGCUGCAAGUGAUCGCGAGAGCAAACCAAGAAACGUGACCGCCAAAAGACUAAUACCUCCCAAGAAGGUCGCUUCUAAGGUCAAAUCUGACGAGGUCGUUCACAGCUCAGAUGAUGAGGAAGAAGGUGAGGUCAAAGAGGAUUCUUCUUUGAAGAAGAGCACCACAACCAGAAAGGAUCCUCCCAAAGCGGCUCCUAGGGUACGACCUGAAGCAACAGAGAGGCGCGAUUCCUCGGCCAGUGAAGCGCCCGGGCUAUCCAAGGACAGCAAGAUAAGGUCAAAGCCUUUGACUUCUGACAAGUCUGUCGCCAACGCUGCCUCGAGAAAAGACAGCGCAAUUUCCAAGGUCAAACCAGAGGCUCCAGUGCUCUCUAGAGCCGCUGUCCUCCCGAAGAAACCUGAAGAUUCAACAGCAGCAAACGCCGCCACGAAAUCGAAAGAGAGCCCAGCACAGAAGCCGGUCAAGACUACCUCGACGACACAAAGAUCCAACAUAAGCCCACGAAGACUGACAGACACGAAACCGAAAGUGCCCUCACCUCUGGGCACAAGUCCUCCGAGAAAUGCAUCUGACAAUGCUGAAAAGAUAAACAAGCAAAUGCCCAAGCCAUCAGCAACUGCGAAUGCUGCCAAAGCAGUCAAGCCUGCGCCCACAUCCAAAGCAUCCGAACCUCUAAGUUUCUUCGGUGGUGUCAAGACCAAUUCACAAUCAAAAAUUGUCACCAAAAAACGCCCUCUUGAGUCUGACACGGAGAGUGUUGAACCGGCAAGGAAGGCAGUCAAAUCGACCGCAUCCACCCCAGCAAAGGCUCCAACCAGUACACUAGCCAAGGCCUCCUCGGUGAAUGGUACUGGCAAAGAAGCAGUGGCCAAAGCUCCACCUGCAUCUUCCGCUGCCUCGGAUAGAUCUCUGAAACGCAAAGCCAACGACCUCUCUUCUGGCUUACAUGAUCAUGCCGCUCCUCCAUCAUCCAAGCACCGCAAGACCGAUUCAGGAAGCACACACUCGCACACAGCGACAAGUUCAUCUGGAGCAUCCCUUACAACUGCUCCUACCGUCUCACCCCACUCGUCCCCUGCAGGCUCAGAAUUUUCGGACGACAAUCUCGCUGGCAUUUUGAAUGACGAUUACGAAGGCGGUUCGCUCACGUGGGAACAGACUCGUGCUGCUGCCGAGACGUUCAGGAGCAAGCUAUACCCAGAGUAUCUCAAGCUGUACCGUCGCAUUGAGCAGACACCCAGUGACAAGGUCGCGAAGGAAGAUACUGUGCGCUUGUGGCAGUUGCACAAUCGUCUUGAGGCUAUCAAGCAUCGUAUUGAGGUCGCCUGUCGUAAUGGUGACAAGGGUGGAGACUAG